UUUUUAAAAAAAUGUGUCUCAAAAAGUGCGGAAUAAGUUUAUAUUUUUAGUGGAAAACGAUCAUUAAAUUAGACAAGAAAAUGUCUAACAACAAAAAGUGUUAACUAAAUAACAAGCGAAAGCAUUAAAAUAACAAAUUGCUAAAGAAACAACAAAAGAAAAUGUCAGCCAUGCAGUUAAAGGAUACAAAACUAAAAACUAAAGAAACAACGGCAACGGCAACAACAAUAACGUGUAAAGCCACGCCCAUAGAAACAAGUACAACAAUAGCCACAGCAACAGCAGCCUCAGCAGCUGCGGCAGCAGCCACAAAGAAAACUUUAACCUCAAAUGCGGCAUUGUCAUUGUUUGAUCAGCUGAAAAAAGGCGUCAAUUUGAACAAGUUAACAACAAUUGGCGCCAACAGCAACAAAAGUGACGGCGACGCCGUUACUAACACCAGCAGCAACAUAGUGAAACCACCUGCUCCUCCUCAGCCACUGCUACUGCCACAAUCCGCUUCAUCAGCAUCCUCAUCCUCAUCCUCAUCAAAUAUUGAUCUAAAACCGCCGCCAAAACCGCCCAGGCCAUUUAAUACGCCCAGCAGCAUUGGCAUAGUACAGGGCACAAAACGUUCGAGUGUCGGGGGUGGUAAUGGUGGUUCUAUCCUGUACGAUAAUACUGCCAAAUUGGAUAUAAAUAUAUUGCGAUCUCAGCUCUAUCAGGGCUCUAGAAAGACUGCAACAAAGGGAUUACAACAACAACAACAACAACAGCAACUACAACAAAGUGAACAAAAAAGAAUUGGACAAAGAGGCAGCAAGAAACGUUGCUUGGAUCGUUACGAUUCAUCAGAGUCAUCAGACAGCGGCGUGGCCACAUCCCUGAGCUGCGCCGACUCCAGCACUGGCUCCAGUGAAGAUGCAUCCGAGCCAGGCUCUCCCGUGAGCGACGAUCACCACCUGCACCACCACCACAAGAUGCCGCCACAAAUACUCAGCACCAGCAGCACAAGUAACAGCUCUUCUGCAUCCUCCUCGGCCCCCGCCACCGCAGCAUCCACAGCUACAGCCACUGCCUCCACACCCGCGCCAGCUACAUUUAGUCCUAGCCAGGGAAUCAACACUGCCAAAGUGACGACGACAACGCCAAGCACGACGAUGACGACGCCACAAAGAAAUCCAAAUAUGCUGCCUACCCUGCAAUGGCCGUGGAACACCAAUUUGGGCAGCACCUCAACAGCUGUUCCCGCUUCAGUGGCCAAUAAGAAGCGCUCUGCGGGCGGAGUCAUGGCAACAGGAGGAACAACGGGGGGAUUGGGAACAAAUGAGCAUACGACUGCCGUUGGUGCCAAAAAGUCAAGGGGAGAUCCGUUGGAGGCAAGCAAAAGACUGAAAUCCAUUGCCCUGGAAGAGUCACAGACCAAAAUUACGGGUUUCUUCAAAUCCCAAAUGAAGGCCAGUCCGGGUGGAAAGCUAUCGCCGCCACCGCCAGCAACAACCACAACGACAAGCACCGCUUCCGUUUCCGCUUCGACACCCAACCAACUGACCAUGAGCACGCCGGCAACGACUGCAUCAUUGAAUAAAUAUUUCAAUAUUCUAUCGCAGUUGAAGGAGCAAAAGCAGCAACAGGCAGCAGCGGCGGCAGCAGCAGCAGCAGCUGCGGCGGCGGCGACGGCCGCUACAGCGUCAACAUCGACGGCAUCUGCCACCCAGAAGCUAGCAACGCCUCCGCCAACAGUAACUAUGACGACGCCAGCGCCACCUCCCAUGAUUAUAGCCACAACGGGAGCAACUGCUUCCACUAGUUUGCCUGUGCCUGCGCUCAAGAAGAUCGAGAGGAGCACCAAGCAACCAGCCAAAAUAGCCCAAGUGGCGCCGAAUUUGAGGAAAACACCCAGCAGCAGUAGUAGUAGCUCCUCCUCGAAUGGCUCCAAUAGUUCCUCAUCCUCAACCUCCUCGGCGACGACAGGCAAAUCGCCAGCCAAGAAACAUGUGGCCAUAGCUCCACGCACGCCGGAGAUGAAGCAGCUGAUGCAGCAGAAUAAAUCCUCAGCCAUGGUCUAUCGGACGCCAUGCCAAAAACUGGCAGCUGCUCCAGCACCGCCACCUCCUCCGCUACCAACCGCUGUGAAUCCCCCUCCCCCACCUCAGCCAACUGCCAAUCCCACACUGUAUCAGCUGCCCGCUGUCCAACUGCCCAAUCUAGUCCAGCUGCCACCACAAUUGGCAGCUGCCGCCAAUAUCAUGCAACUGAAUAAUGUGGCCAAGGCGGCGGUGGCAGCGGCGGCUAACAACAAUGCAGCCGCUCAAGCAGCACAGGCGGCACAAGCUGCAGCUGCCCAGUUCUUUCUCAAUGGAACGGUGUUUAAGCUGCAACAGGUGACCACGGCCACCACGACGACGGCCACGACGGCUACAGCAGCGGCGGCACAAGCGGGCGGAGGGGUCAAUCCCUUUGGCUUGCUGAGUACCAAUGAGCUGCAGGAAUUGUUCAUCAAACAGCAGCAAUUCCAGCAACUACAAACCAAACCACCCACAUUGCCAUCUCUGCCAGCACCCGCCCCACCAACUGCAGCCCAAUGCUCGUCUCCAGCGAAUCCCGCUAAUUUGCAGGAGCUUUUCCAGCAACAGAUUGCAGCAGCGGCUGCUCUGCAACAGCAACAACAAGUGGCAAGAUUGGUGCAGCAGCAGCAGCAACAACAACAGGGAACAGGACCCGGAGGCGGACCACAUGGAACGGGCGGAGGAGCAGCCACCGCUCAGCCACAGCCCGUGUUCAUGGCCACUCCCGCGGGACUGCUACUAAAUGCAGCCACUCUCCCGGCCAUGUUGGCCCAAGCAGCGGCGGCCAUAUCAGCGGCCAAUCAGCAGCAACAACAAAAGAUGGCAGCAGCCGCCACCCUCGCUCUGCAGCAGCAUCACCAGCAGCAUCAGCAUCAUCAGCAACAGGUCCAAGCGGCGGCGGCAGCAGCUGCCAUGAGCCUGCAACCGUUGCCAGCUUUAAGCUCAAUCUUUGAGCCAACUCCAGAGCAGCAGCAGCAGCAACAACAACAACAACAACAAUCCAUGAUCACUGCCAGUAAUCCUCCUGCGCCUGCUCUCCCUCCACUAGCCAAUGGAACCAACUCGAAUAACACUGCCACAAAUCAGCAGGGACCACCACCACAGAGAGUGAUGGCUAAGGCGCCGCCAACCAUAAUGCAUAGCUCGAGUCAACCGCCGCCAUUGGUCACCAUCUCAUCGUCCUCCACAUCGACGGGAAAAAGGCCAAAUACCUCUUCAGCUGGCGUGAAGCCCUAUCAGAAGAGGAUGCAAACGCAACCGCCUCAGUCUCAGAAAACCAAAUUCAUAGCCACGCCCACCACACCACCGCCCCUGGUGCCCACCUCGAGUAACAAAGAGAUGGUGCCCGCUUUAAGAAAGACCAACAAUGUUAACACUGUGAGUGUGCCCACUCCACCGUUGGUUAGCAUUGCCCCCUCCAAGUUGAUACCGACUCUUAGCCUGGCCAAGCCGCCGCCGACUCAGCAGAUACCGAUCCAAAUGCAGACACAGAUCUCACCGCCAGCGCCUGAUCUCUUUGAUUUGGUUAAGAAUUCGAAUGGGGCCAUUAGUAUAGUGGCCAAACCCACUAUGACUAUAACGAUGACAUCGCCAUUGCCCUUCAGUUCACCAAGUAGUCGCUCCUCGCCAGCUCUAUCGAGUUCCAAUUCCUGCACCUUAUCCGCCUUUAGCAAGAUCAGCAAGAUCGAGACGACGACAGAGACGACGACCAAGAUGUCCAAGGCCGUGGCCCCGCAAUCCUUUGCUGGUCAAUUGCCACAGACGAGGACGCCGCCAGUGGUGGAGCAUGAACCACUUCCCGAAUUGCUGCAGGAUUGCAGUAAUAGCAAUUCCAAUUCGAAUUCCUGCAGCAGUUAUUCGAAUUCAGUGAGCUCUGCGGCGGAUCUCUCAUUGGAGGCUUCCACCCCUGCUUCACCGUCGCCUGCUCCUUCUCCCUCGGGAAGUAGCAGUGGGAGUGGCAGUGCCAGUGGCCGCCGGGCGGCCAGCCAAACGGAUAUGCUUAGUGAAAUGGUUACCUCCUCGUGCAUCUCGAGUGGUGGCGAGGAUUGCUCUCAAACCACGCAAUCCACGACGGGCAUGAGCCCACCUCUGAGUGUGGUUGUUGCCGCAGCCGCCUUGCCUCCUCCGCCACCUGCCUCCAGUACGUCGAGUGGAAGCAGCAACUAUGACGAAGAAGAUGACAAAUCCGAAUCGGUUGGAUCCUCCGAGUCGCACAAACGUCUGAGGGAUUUGCCCACUCCAGAAUCUGGCAUUGGCGGCAGUUUAAGUAACAGCGAAAGCAGCAAUUCCAUCAUAGAUGCCAGCUCCAGUUUGAAAUCCAUUUCGGCUUGUCCGCCCACAUCCGCUCAUUCCGAUAGCAACUCAUCGUUGCCGCCCGCCUCACCAGACGACAGUUCUUCGACUGCUGCCACCAUGGUGGAUGUGGCCUUGGCCGAAUCCGCCAGCAAAACGUUGCCCAAAAGUGCCAUCUCUCCCAUUCUUUCGCAGCCCAAGACCAUACGCUUCCCCGCAGGAGCAGGAGGAAGCGGCGGUAAGGCCGGAGCCAAGCGACACGACGGCGUCUGUUAUUGGGACAAGUGCAACAAGAAGCACGAAAGCAACUCCAAGCUAUUGGAUCACAUGCAGACGCAUCAUGUCAACACGCAAACGGGUCCAUUUGCCUGCCUCUGGGUUGGCUGCAAGGUCUACAAUAAGGAAUCAUGUUCCCGCCGUUGGCUAGAACGUCAUGUCCUCUCGCACGGCGGUUCCAAGCAAUUCAAAUGCAUAGUCGAGGGGUGCGGCCUGCGUUUUGGGUCACAGCUGGCUCUUCAAAAGCAUGUCAAUAAUCAUUUCAAUGCCACCGACAAUAUCAAGGAGAGCACCAGCAAGCGCACCUCAGAUCCUCCAGUGCCCAAGCAGCUACGCAAGAAUGGCAAGAAACUUCGCUAUCGUCGCCAACCUUUUUCAGCUCGCAUGUUUGACUUCUUCGACACUGGCAUAAUGGAGGGACUUCAGCAUCGUCUGCGACAGAUAAGCACAUUAACCAAUGGUGCCCAGGCCAUAACCUUCCAGGGACAAUGUCUGAUGCGACGACGCAAUAGCCAAGGCUGUUAUGAGUGUUUUGUGCGCUGGUCUCCACGCGAAAUCAUCUCCGAUGAAUGGCUGCCAGAAUGUCCGAAUCGGACGCGUCAACAUACCAAAGUGUUGCACAUAAAGCAUAUGCGACCAGCAGAAAAGACACGGGUGGAAAGUUUACUGAGUACGGCAUUUAAGUUGCGCUACGAUGCGCAACUCUUUGCCGAUGAUUAUAAUGUCAAUGAGCAGCAGGAGCAAAACAGUGACUACGACUCGGAAGACUGCAAUGAGGACGACGACGAGGAUGAAGACGAUGAGGAGGACGACGAUGAAGGGGAGAAUGACUAUGACGAUGAUGAUGAGGAGGAGGAGGACGAUGGCAUUUCGGCCAGCAUCAGUUCACGCAGUGCCAGCAAUGAAACCGUUUCGAGCUACCAACAGGUGCUGACCAUAGCCAAACUGCAAAUGCAGCAGAGGCGUAAACAUCCGCGUAAACCGCCCAAGAUUAGGCCACCUAACAAUCCUCACCAGCAAUCACAUUUGGUGCCCACAGAUGCCUUGGUGCCCAUCUAAACAACAAAUCCAACAAACAAACAAAAAAGUAUUCUCUUAAGUAAUUAUAAACAAAAAACCAAGCGACAAACGAGUAAACAGUGACAAGUAGUUUUAGUUUUUCUAUAAGCCCUAAGUUAUCAUAUAUAUAUAUAGCUCUAUGACAUAUAUAUACACUAUAUUGUAAUCCAUCUUGUGUAAUAUAUAAACCAUAUAGAUUAGUAGACAAGCGCCUCCCUUUGUGUGGGGGGCUGCCCGAA